CCCACAAACAAUUGACAAGAUGAAGUGGGUAACUUUUAUUUCCCUUAUUUUCCUCUUCAGCUCUGUUUAUUCCAGGGAUCUGUUCCGUCGAGAUGCACCAAAGAGUGAGAUUGCCAAACGGUAUAGAGAUUUGGGUGAAGAAAAUGUGAAAGGCUUAGUUUUGAUCACAUUUGCCCAGUACCUCCAGAAAUGCCCAUUUGAAGAUCAUGUGAAAUUGGUAGAUGAGGUUGUACAAUUUGCAAAAGGCUGUGUUGCUGAUGAGACAGCUGAAAACUGUGGCAAAUCCCUUCACCAACUUUUGGGCGAUAAGCUAUGUAAAAUAGCAAGUCUUCGGGAGUCAUAUGGUGAAAUGGCAGACUGUUGUGCCAAAGAGGAACCUGAGAGAAACCAGUGUUUCCUGAGCCACAAAGAUGACCAUCCAGACCUCCCUAAAAUUGUAGCCCCUGAACCUGAUGCUCUGUGCCAGGAAUUCACAGAGAAUGAAAACAAAGUCAUGGGCUACUACUUGCAUCAAGUUGCCAGAAGACACCCCUACUUCUAUGCCCCAGCACUCCUUGCCUAUGCAAUUCAGUACAGAGAUGCAGUGAGGGAAUGUUGUGCAGCAGCUGACAAAGCCACAUGCCUCAAUGACAAGCUCACUGAUUUAAGAGAAAAAGUACUAAGUGCAGGUGCAAAGCAGAGAUUCCGAUGCUCCAGUUUAGACAAAUUUGGAGAGAGAGCUGUCAAGGCAGGGCUUAUAGCUAGACUCAGUCAGAAAUUUCCCAAGGCUGAGUUUGUUGAAAUUCAUAAAAUAGUGGAAGAUCUUGCCAAUGUUCACAAAGAAUGUUGCCAUGGUGACCUGCUGGAGUGUGCUGACGAUAGGGCAGCUCUUUCUGACUACGUUUGUCAGAACAAGGACUCAAUCUCCAGCAAACUUUCAAAAUGUUGUGAUAAGUCUCUAGUGGAGAAAAGCCAGUGCAUUUCUGAUUUGGAGAAUGAUGACCUUCCUGCUGACCUCCCUGAUUUCCUUGAAAUCUAUGUGAAUACCAAGGAUGCUUGCCAAAACUACAAAGAAGCAAAAGAUCUCUUCUUAGCCAACUAUUUGUAUGACAGUGCAAGGAGAGGUUCUAACCUUGCAGUUACCACACUGUUAAGGCUAGCCAAGGACUAUGAAACCACACUUGAGGAGUGCUGUGCCACAGAAGACCCUCCCACCUGCUAUGCCAAAGUGGCCGAACAUCGGAAAAAUCUUAUUGAGGAUAGCAACAAUUUAGUCAAGCAAAAUUGUGAUCUUUUUGAAAAAGUGGGAGAAUAUGGCUUUGCAAAUGAAUUACUGAUCCGUUACGCCAAAAAAAUACCUCAAGUAUCAACUCCAACAAUAGUAGAACUUUCACAUAAAUUAGCAAAAGUUGGCUCCAAAUGCUGUAAACUCAGCGAUGAUGAAAAAAUGGGCUGUGCUGAGGGCUAUUUGGCUAUUGUAGUUGACAAGCUGUGCCGCCAGCAUGAAAAGACACCAGUGAGUGACAAAAUCACCAAAUGCUGCACUGAAUCCUUGGUGAACCGCAGACCUUGCUUCACUGCCUUGGGAGUUGAUGAAACAUAUGUACCCAAGGCCUUUUCUGCAGACACAUUUGUCUUCCAUGCUGACCUAUGCACACUUCCAGAAGAGGAAAAACAGACCAAGAAACAAACUGUACUUGCGGAACUCGUGAAACACAAGCCCUUGAUCACUCAGGACCAAGUCAAGGGUGUCAUUACUGAAUUCUCUGCUUUUGUGGACAAAUGCUGCAAAGCUGAAGACAAGGAAAGCUGCUUUGCUGAAGAUGGUCCCAAACUGGUUGCUUCAGCUCAAGCUGCCUUAGCAUAAACACCAGAUGGACAAGCUGCCACUAGCAUUUCAGGUGACCAGAGGAAGAAGACAGAGACAAAACUGAGGACCCAAAGUUCAUCCAUCCAUUUUCUUUUUCUGUUGGUGUGAAACCAUUAGAGUUAAGGAAACAUUCAUUUCACCUAAAUUUUUUUUAUCCUUCCCCAGUGUUGCAAUAAAUAAUAAAGAAAAGCAUAAACUAUCA